GAGGGAUUUAGGAAGAGGGUCGCCGUACGCGGAGCCGAAGGGGGAAGAUGUCUGCUGGUAGUUCUACUCCUAGGACACCUGUAUUGUCCAUAAGUGCAAGAAAAAUCAAAGACAAUGCAGCAGACUGGCACAACCUAGUGAUGAAAUGGGAAACCUUGAAUGAUAAUGGGUUUUCUAUUGCCACCAAGAUUGUGAACAUCAAAAAUGCUACACAGAUUAAAGACAGCAAUUUGGAGAUAGAACAUGAGGAUUCCUCUGACAGUGAAAGACUGCCACUUAACUACAACACGGAACUGGAGCAGUGCUGUACAGAACUACUUGGGAUUUUUGAAAAAUUGGCUAAAAUACAUGAGAAAAUGGAAAAACUGUGUUCAACAACUAAAGGGGUCUGUGACUUAGAAACAUACCAUCAUGCAGCAGAACCCAAGGCACCGUUAUUUCACACAUGGCCUGUUUCUCAUUUCCAUGAAGUCUCAGUCAAGCUCUUAGAUAUGUAUUCACAAGAACUGAAACUCAAGCACACCAUUGUGGAAGAAAUUGCUCAUACAGCUGACCAAGAUCUACAGAUGGUCUAUUUAUCAUCAUGGUUACAUCAGCCCUACAUUGACAACAGCAACAUAGUUCUGUUAGAAAGUAUGUUGUUAGAAACAGGGCAUAGACAGCUAUAAUGUUACCUAUUUCUUUUAUAUAUCACCUUAAAUUUAAAUCUUUAGGUUUAGCAAGAUAUAUAGUGCUAAUAUUGUUAUGGAUUUAUGAUAAUAUUACAGCUUAUUUAUAAUAAAGUUUUUUUAUGAUUUAUA